CUGCGCACGUUGGCUGGUGCGGCCAGGCCGGAUAUCCGCUGCAGGGUGAGGGGCAUCGGGUGCACGGACAUGGCUGCAGAGUUAGACCGUGGCCCGAGGCCGGAUGUCGGGGCCCAGCGGGCAGAGCUGGGGCCGCUGCUAGGGACAGCGCUGAGGCCGGGCGAGUCCUGGUAUUUGAUUGACAGUCGGUGGUUCAAACAGUGGAAGAAGUAUGUGGGUUUUGACAGCUGGGACAUGUACAACGUGGGUGAGCCUAACCUGUUUCCUGGACCCAUUGAUAACUCUGGACUCUUUGCAGAUCCAGAAAUACAGACCUUAAAAGAACAUCUCAUUGAUGAGCUGGAUUAUGUGUUGGUUCCCACUGAAGCCUGGAAUAAACUAGUGAACUGGUAUGGCUGUAUAGAGGGGCAGCAACCUAUUGUAAGAAAAGUGGUGGAGUUCGGUCUGUUUGUGAAGCACUGUAAAGUAGAAGUUUAUCUCCUCGAACUGAAGCUGUGUGAAAAUAGUGAUCCUACCAAUGUGUUGACCUGUCAUUUCAGCAAAGCAGACACCAUUGCCACCAUUGAGAAGGAAAUGCAACAGCUGUUUAAUAUCCCCUGUGAGAAGGAAACUAGGUUAUGGAGCAGGUAUAUGAGUAACGCCUCUGAGCAGGUCAAUAAUCUGGACAGCACUGUACAAGAUGCAGGGCUCUAUCACGGUCAGGUGCUGUUAAUAGAAGUGAAGAAUGAAGAUGGUACAUGGCCUAGGCAGUCUCUUCCGGCAAAAUCAAGCACUGCAACUAGCAGAAAUUUUACUAGUACUUCAGCAUCAUCAGUAAAUUCUUAUUCCUCAAUGUCUGUCUCUUCUGCCUUUGCAAAUGGUGAUAGCAAUAACUCCUAUGGACUGACCAGCUCCAGCCUUGGCAGGGGAGUCUCUGGCUUCUCCUACCACUCCUACAGCUGCAGGGAGUCCCCUUCCCUGUCACAGCCUGGCAUCUGUGGGCUCAGUAACUUGGGAAACACCUGCUUCAUGAACUCUGCAUUACAGUGUUUGAGUAACACCCCACCUCUGACUGAGUAUUUCCUGGAAGAUAGAUAUGAGGCUGAAAUAAAUCACGACAAUCCUCUGGGGAUGAGAGGAGAAAUUGCAGAAGCAUAUGCAGAGCUUAUUAAGCAGAUGUGGUCUGGGAGACACUCUCACGUGGCACCUCGUAUGUUCAAAACCCAGGUUGGCCGUUUUGCCCCUCAGUUCUCAGGGUACCAGCAGCAAGAUUCUCAGGAGCUCUUGGCAUUCCUCCUGGAUGGCUUGCACGAGGAUCUGAACCGAGUGAAGAAGAAGCCCUACUUGGAGCUCAAGGAUGCCAAUGGCAGGCCUGAUUCGGUGGUGGCGAAAGAAGCCUGGGAGAACCAUAGAUUAAGAAAUGACUCUAUCAUCGUGGAUAUUUUUCAUGGCCUUUUCAAAUCCACCCUGGUCUGUCCAAAAUGCUCCAAAGUUUCUGUGACCUUUGACCCUUUCUGCUAUUUAACUCUUCCAUUGCCCUUGAAGAAAGAUCGUUCCAUGGACGUUUCUCUGGUUUUUGCAGACCUGCAUCAUAGACCUACCCAGUAUCGGGUAGUUGUGCCAAUGAUGGGGGCUGUAUCAGACCUGUGUGAAGCUCUUUCCAAACUCUCCAAGAUCCCUGCAGAAAAUAUGGUGGUGACAGAUGUUUAUAAUCACCGAUUCCACAAAAUUUUCCAAAUGGAUGAAGGGUUAAGUCACAUCAUGCCAAAAGACAACAUCUUUGUAUAUGAAGUUUGCAAGUCAAGCGAGGAUGGCGCUGAGUGCAUCACUCUCUCUGUAUACUUCAGAGAAAAGAGAAUAAGACAGUCCAGCACUUCUUCGGGGACUGUUCUUUGUGGGCAGCCACUGCUAAUCUCUGUGCCAAAACACAAGCUCACUCUGGAUCACUUGUACAAUCUUGUCUUGGAGCAGAUUGGCCAAUACAUUAAAUUCCCUCUGACAAAAGAAUAUUCUAGUGUACGCCUGGACAGUGGGAUCUGCAAUGGCUCCAGUGGUGGCUGCGAAGUUGAAGAGAUGGAACAUCAGGAUGGAGGUGAGGAGGGCAGGGAAAAAGCCUCAGAAACAGAUUCCUGCCAGUCAGAGGGCUGUGCACAUGAUUUGCUGGGGAAGGAAUGGCAGCAUCACAAGAAGCAUCUGUUCACCUUUAGCCUUGUGAAUUCCUAUGGGACCUCUGAGAUAAACUCAAUUACAACAGAGGGGAAACUUCUAAAACUGAACUCCUAUGCCACCCUUGCUAUUGACUUGGAUCCAGACACUCGGAAGCUGCUGUUUGAUGAACAAGAGUCACAGGCAUUUGAAAAGGAUGAAAGUAUGUUACAGUCACAGAAGAAGAAAACUACUGUCGCUCUUAAAGACUGUAUAGAACUCUUUACUACAAUGGAAACGCUUGGUGAACAUGACCCUUGGUACUGCCCUAACUGCAAGAAGCAUCAGCAGGCCACAAAGAAGUUUGAUCUAUGGUCUUUGCCCAGGAUUUUGGUGGUGCAUUUAAAACGCUUCUCGUACAACAGAUACUGGAGGGAUAAACUUGACACUGUGGUUGAAUUCCCCAUCAGGGAUUUGAGCAUGUCUGAGUUUGUCUGUGACCCAACAGCUGAUCCAUAUGUGUAUGACCUCAUUGCAGUGUCCAAUCACUAUGGAGCUAUGGGAGUAGGCCACUAUACUGCAUAUGCAAAGAACAAAGUGAAUGGCAAAUGGUACUACUUUGAUGACAGCAGUGUAUCAAUGGCUUCUGAAGAUCAAAUAGUGACAAAAGCCGCAUAUGUGCUAUUCUAUCAGCGGCGGGAUAGCAAGCAGCACGUAGCCCCGUCUCUGCCUGCAGAAAGUGAGCUGGCAUCGGAAGAGUGUGACCGCAUGGAUACCAACUGAGCCCAGCCUGCUGCGCUUAGACUGCUCGGUAGAGUUCUUUGUUUGACGCCAUGUCUGAAGCAUCUGAGAAUUGCUGUUCUGCCUUCAGUAGGAUUCUCAAGCAGGAAAUCUAGUGUUGGGGGUUUAGUCCCCAGUGUCGUAAGAUAGCACUGGGGAGCCAAGAAUAAACUGACACGGGGUAUCUAGAGGCCAAAAAUUACAUAUAUCAAAGCUUCAAUAAAUUUUUUGUAAAUCUGGCUAGAUAUGUGGCUGGAGCUGGGAAAGGAGAGGCUUGGGCUGGGCUGAGUUGUGGGGCUGGAGCUGGGGCCUGGGGUGGAGAGGGUGACUGCAGGCUGUUGCAGAGCUGACAGAGAGGUGUCAUUUGGGCAUGAACGCUACUCCUGUGGUGUGUCUGUUGACAGCUCUGUGCGUAGCUGUCAGGCCCAGUCCAGAUUUUCUCUGUCUAAUCCCAUCAGCUUUAGUGUCCGGAAUUCCUGCUAUGGCUCCAGCAGUGCCUCUUCCACACUCCCCAGUCCACAUGGCCACAGCUCCUGGUGUCUCUUCUUCUUUCUGCCUUUGCACCUUUUUUCCUGUGCUGAGCAGCUGGGUGCAUUUGCUCUGGUCCCUGUAUGCUGGUGACAUCUUUGACUAUUCUGGGCAGCUGAGCCAUGGGCCUUUCCUACAUUCAGACAUAUCAUUUUGGUCCCAAAAAAGUAGAAAGUUCAUUGGAAAUGAAAUGCAGCACCCCUGGCCACUGCUGCGUGGAGAGAGCUAUACUCUGAUUGCAAAAUAUACGCACUUCUAUGUGUACGAUAGGAUUUCAGCUCUGGCUCCUGCUGUUAGCACUAUCACAGGGUGAGGUCUCAGCCUUUGAGACCCUAAAUUCAGUCAGGUCUUGUCCUAUUCAUUCAUAUUUCACAGUCCUUUGUGCCAGUUCCCAUGAAAACCUGCUGAUGAUCCCUAGAAUGACAACCCCCCAAUUGAGUUUGUCCCCUUCCCCCACAGCCCUGUGAAACCAUGGGGGUUCUGUGCACCAGUGAUCACAGCUUCUGUGUGAUCUCCACAGCUGCUGUUUAACCCCUCCCCCCCCCGCCAAGUCAAAAGUUUUGCUGCGACAAGCACCAGUGUGAACUGAUCUCCACAGCUGCUGUGUAGACAGCCUUACAUACCACCCCCCCAGAUGCUAAUCCUUUCCAGGAGCUGGCCCAGUCAGAAAGUGGCCUCACUCCAGUCCAGCCCUCCCCAGUGCUAACUCUUCCCUUUCCCCACUGCUGUCCACACUGGUUCCAUGCCACUGCCACCCCAUACAGGCACUGCCAGCUGCCCAGGCCUCCCACUUGUUUAUUUCCUAGAAGUUAAGGGGGUGGGGUGGGGGGAGGGAGGAAAGGCACCAUGUGGGAACGCAGUACAGGAUUAAAGCUGCAUUCGCUAGGUUUGCUGUAAAGGAGAAGGGAGCUGCUGUGUCCCCAGCCCUCUGGUUAGCAUUGCGCUGCUGCUCUGCAGAGCGGCUCUUUUAAAGCACUGAGGUUUGAGUUGUUUAGCUCAGAAUUGCUGAUGCUUCUGCUGUUUGGUUCUUGGUUUGUUUGGGUUUUUACACCUGGCUUAAGUGGAUAUUAUGUUUCUUUUCUGUCUCCCUCACUAGGGGCUAAGUUUAAACUGUAGCACUGCACUGGGUUUUUUUGUUUAGCAUCUUUGAUUAUGGGGUUUCCACCCAUUUAAAGUAAAAAUUUGGGGAGACAGUGGGGAAAAGGUAAGAAAAGAUCCUGUUAAAAAUGAAGAACAACAUAAUGUAACAAAUGUGGUUCCCCUUCUAUAUUGACACAAGAAACCUUCCCAUUUUCCUUUGUAUGGUCAGACUGAAAAGGCAUCCAUCGGGCUGAAGGCUGAUUCUUGGAUGCUGAAUUGAAAUCUCUUCUAAUAUACUGCAGUUAAAAGGGUGACAGGAAUCUGGCCUUCUCCUCUGCCUGUCAGCUGAUUGGGUUCUGAUUGGUGUGUACAUUCUGUAUAAUGUCAAAUCUGCUUUUAGACUGGCACUUUGUAAGUGACUGGCUUUAUUGUACAAAGAGGAAAUAAAGAAGAGUGGUUUGCACUGAA